GUGUUUUUACUGCUAAGGGUGUAAAAGGGAGGUCUUUGUUUCGCAAUUUAGGGCUCUUGAGCGCAAGCUCGUUCAUUCUCCCGCAGCGGCAUUGGAUUUGAUGCAGCGCCUGGAGAAGAAGAUUGAGUGAUGGCGAACGAAAGGCCUGGAGCAUUUCGAGCCUUUCUUCGAGCGAGCCGGAGGUGGUUCCUGGACGAGAGCAACGAUGACGAGGAGGAGACCGAGGCCCAGGCAAGAAGUCAAGGGCCUUUGCAAAACGUGCUCUCCCAGGAGAUAAACAUGGCCACAUCCGCCAGCGAUGAGACUUUGAAGCGAGCUCGAGCAAAAAAUGGUAGAACAGUCAACACGGUGUCCAUGCUCGCGGGGAGAGAGAUCAACUCUUCGAAGAAUGGGAAGUUCUCUCGUGCCGAGGCGUGUCACGUCUCUUCGAGGAUUUUGCCGGACAAGGGACCCGAGAUACUGGAGCGAAAGAGCAGUCGGCUUUACAUCAGCCAGUUCUCCAACGAUGGAUCGCUUUUCAUUGCUGGCUUUCAGGACCGGACAAUUGUGGUCUAUGAUGCUGAUAACAACUGGACUAUCCACAAGAGAGUGAAAGCUCGUAACAUGAAUUGGACAAUCACUGACACGGCUCUCUCCCCGGACCAACGAUUCCUGGUCUAUGCGUCUAUAACUCCUGUUGUGUUCCUUGUGAAUCUUGGAAACGAAACUGGUGGAAUAGAUUCUCUGGCGAACGUGACUGAUAUCCACGAAGGGCUUUCGCUCAGCUCAUACGAUGACGACGGGGAUUUUGGAAUUUGGUCACUGAAAUUCUCGCAGGAUGGGAAUGAGAUCGUGGCCGGCAGUAACGACAACUGUAUCUACGUCUACGACUUGAACGCCGCGACUACAACGUAUCGGGUUUCGGCGCACAACGACGAAGUGAAUACGGUUGCGUUUGCGGAUGAGAGUAGCCACCUUAUCUAUUCGGGAAGUGAUGACUACCUUUGCAAGGUAUGGGAUAGAAGAUGCUUCUCAGCAAACAACAAACCCGCCGGAGAGCUCGUUGGCCAUCUCGGGGGAGUGACUUCCAUAGACAGCCGAGGAGACGGGCGGCAUUUCAUUUCCAACAGCAAGGACCAGUCGAUAAAGCUUUGGGACAUACGCACAAUGUCCAGUGGAUCCAAGAAAAGUUUCGAACGCGCGCAGGUCCCGAGAAUCCGGUGGGAUUACAGAUGCAUGAGAGUCCCUCCUCGCCUGCGCACUGUGGCGCAUCCGGGCGAUGAGUCGCUCAUGACAUACAAGGGACACGAGGUUCUCCAGACAUUGAUCCGGUGCUACUUCUCUCCUCGCAUCAGCACGGGCCAGAAGUAUAUCUACACCGGCUCUUACGACGGCACCGUCCAUAUCUACGAUGUGGUGACCGGGCACACAGCCGCGACUCUAUCGUUCCACAACCAUCCCGUGAGAGAUUGUAGCUGGCAUCCAUGGCAACCAGUAUUGGUAAGCUCCUGCUGGGGUGGAAACCUGGUAAAGUGGGAUCACGACCCCAGAUCGAUGGAUUUCUAGAAAAGAAAAACAGGAAGGAAAAACGAAAGCGUGUAAAUUACUGGCAAGGAUCUUUGCUCCGAGUCUCGGCUGGAAGGACUAAUAAGUAAAAUUGGCCUGGAAGCCGCGACCAUAGAAUUUUGGAGCGUAUCGAAUAAACAGCCAGAUAAACAUUCUUGCCACUUAAAACUGGGAAAGCUCUCAAGCAAGAUCCUGAAAUUCCUCGGUU